AUGAGAUAUAUUUUUUUAAUAUUUUUUUUUAUGUUUCGCUGUCCCUUUUGUCGGUAUCUCUCACAAGUCGUGACAAUCGAUUUGAAAGACGAUAAACUAACCCCUGGAAAGAAAUACUACGAAAGGAUUCGCAAUUGUCUGAACAACCUGCCUGAUCUUACAUUUGACGUUAUACUAUCAUGGGAUCCUCCAGAAGAAAAUGUAUGCCCGUCAUCAGUAGCUGCAUGGUUCCAAAAUCGCGGCUACUCAGUUUCCGUUUGCCACAUACAACCAAUACGACGGGUAGAAUAUUCACUCGACAUUCCAGUGCUCAACAACACCUAUAAUCUUGACGAUUUUUUCGAGUGGCUUGGAAUAUUCAGCGUCGGUGGAAACUUAAAAAAUGAGACUGAACACGAUAAAUACGUAAGUUCAUACAAUUAUUCUACGCCAAAGAUGGAAGUCGGGCAAGUUCAGUAUUUGCAGUUUACGGGUUUUUUUUCACGCCUUAAAGUGGAAAAAAUUUACAAGAUGUUUAAAGCCUAUGCAAAUUCAAACAAUAAUUUACCGUGGUGCAGUAUGGAUGUGCAAGGGUUCGCUGACAGUCCGGUAAGCUGGGGCUUGAAGGAGCACACCUUUUACAUCGAUGGUGAUAAUAGUUUUACCAUUGUUUUGCGUCCAGGGGACGAAGGAUAUAUUUUGCGAAAAAGUUUGAGCUCAAAUAACAUACCAAAAAAUACACAAUAAUAAAUUAAAGUCUCUUUGGUUUCCCUGUAUCGAGAACUUUUGUAUUUUUUACAUGUACAUAUUAUUAUCGUUACGCCAUGAAAAAAAUAUGCGAAAAAUUGCUUAUAUAAUGUUUUUUUUUCUAAAUUGUAAUCAUUGCAAAACAUUAUUUAACUUUUUCUCUCAAUGGCUGUGUUAAGAAUAAACUUUUUUCAGUACUUUGGAAUUAAAUCGUUGUCGUUACUUGUCACCUAAAAACAACUUACCUAGAUAAACAGAAAUCAACAUUAAAAUAUUAAAUCAACAUUAAAGUUCAUUACAAAUAUACAUCGCAGUGGAAUGAUUUUUUUCGCAUAAAUACUGUUGAAACAAGCAUAAAUACUUGCAAAGAAAGUCUUUAAAAAUAUUUAGUUUAAGUAAUUUCAUAACGUCGACGAACGCAAAAAAAAUGUGCCGGAAUGCAAUUGUUCUUAAAUACUUUUCUUUUCUUGCGUGCGAAAAUCUUAAUUUUUCAAGCCUUCUUUGUUAUUGUUUUGGUCGUUCAUCAGCUUUUGAGCGUGUUAUACUCUUGAUAUAGUCUUUUAAGGGUCAAUGACUAGAUACACCACAAAUAAGCUUACGUCUCAAU